CGCUCAUUGAGCUCACAGAGCCUGAGGAGAUACUACAGGUGGACCUGAAAACUGGAUAAAAAUCAAGUCAAACUAACUGUAGAGUAAAGCUAUCAUCUGCCAGUCUGAGGAAUCUGCCCAUAUUUCACUGAGGAAAGGAAUUUAAAUUUUUUUUUUACAUAAAUCUAAAAACUGGCCCUUCACAUACCAGACUGAUGAACGGCAAGAUGAGUCUUCCACGAAACGGUACUUUGGAGAAGCUCGCGUCCCUGCAGACCCCAGCGGAGCGAGGAGAGCCCGAGUCACCGCACCCGCGCCUCCACCACACAGGCUCCAUCUCCUCCAGUACUCCAGCAAACGCGUCCAGCACCGGGGUCGUGGUUCCUCCUCCGUACUCAGUAGCAGGCAGUGCCGGGAACGAGUGUCCACUGGAGCUGAGAGGCUCUCUGGACUGUUGGGCCUGUUCUGUUCUGGUCACCGCGCAGAAUCUGAUCAUCGCCGCGCUCAAUGUCGGUUUGGCGGGAUUCAUCUUUGGCCUCAUCCUCCUGCCAUCGCUCGUCAUGGUCGUUUUUGGCUUCCUCUGCCAUUCAACGGUUCAGCGUCACGGUACUUCCCUUUACUGUUCAGAUCUGCUGGAUGAUGGAGGCUGUGUUGCUUUACUGGUGGUGGGCUUCCUGCUGCUGGCACCGCUCCUGGUUCUGGCUCUGGCUGCUUACUGCAGAAUGGCACGCCAUCUUCAGUUGGGCCUGUGCUUCAUCCCAUACAGCCGUGCCGUCUACAAAAACCUGCCAGCAUCACGUCAUCGAGGCCUGGGUGGCUGCUGCGGCCAGCAGGGAGCAGGAGAGAGCGAGGGGAAGGGCAGCGUGUGGGUUUGAGCAGACUGAAAAACUUAAGAACCUGGAGUAUUUAAUGUGAAUAUCCAUAGCAAAAAGUCACACACAGAAAAGUAAAUCAUUUAAAAGAAGCAGUACCAUGUGCUCAGUAUUUUAAGAUGUUUUUUUUUUUUAUUUACAUAUUGUGAUAUUUAGUGUUUUGUUUUUUAAAUAUGCUUUUGUAAGAUUUUUUACUGGAUCAGCCUAAGAUGGUGAAAAAAUAAAGACACCUUUCUUUUAAAGGAAAUAUUUUUUUCUUUUAAUAUUGUCAAAUGUUUGUACAUUUAACAUGAAAAAUAUAUAUCUGAUCUAUGAAACAAUGUGUGCUUUUUACUGGAUAAACCCCUGUUUAAAAUUCUAAAAUAAAAUUGUCAUAAACAAA